AUGGCUGCCACGACAAUUGAGCUCCCCUACCUCGCGUCGCAUUACUCCAUCGCGGAGUCUUCGCUCUCCACUCUCACCCAAGCUCCGACGGUCGAAUUAGUCAAUCAGCUGCUCGAGGCGAUCACCAAGAAGGCGCGAGAGUUUGAUGAUCUGAAGUCAGACAAACUUCGGGUUGAGGUGGAGCUCGAAAAUGCUGUCCGAAGUAGUGACUCAAAGAUCAAAGUCCUGAAGAGUUCGGUCGAAAAGGGCCAUGCUGAGAUGGAAGAAACCCGGAAGAAGCUCCACGAAUCAGAGAAUGCCCGGUCGAAGCUAGAAUCCGAAAUCGCGACGCUCAAGUCGUCCUCCACCUCCAACGAAUCCGAGUUUACCUCUUUGAAAUCCCGUAUCGCUUCCCUUGAAGCCUCCAACAGGGAUACACUGGCGCUUCUGGAAUCGAAGUCUGCCGCCUACGAUAAGCUGGCGGAGGAACUGUCGACACAACACAAGAAAACCAUCGAUUUGAGACGGGAAUUGUCCAUUGCAGAACAGAAACUUCAGGCGUCCAAUGCGGAAUCUGCAAGUGCCCGGUUCCGCGAACAAAACCUGGAGCGGGACCUGGAACUCACGAAGAAGAACAAUGAGUGGUUUGAGACGGAGUUGAAAACCAAGUCUACCGAGUAUCUUCAGUUCCGCAAGGAGAAGAGCGCGCGGAUCUCGGAGCUUCAGCGCGAGAAUGAAGAGGCGCAUGCAACAAUUGAAUCCCUGAAACGCAGUGAAAACGGCCUGAAGAGCCACUUGGCUGAUCUCGAGAAGCGCUACGAAGACUCGUUGACGUCUAUUCAACAACUCAAAGAGGAGGCCAUCCAAACGGCCGAGUCGUUCAGAAAUGAGCUUGACAGUGCGAACAGACUGGCCGAACUUCAAGGCAACGCCGCCGAGACCGCCAAGAAGCGCGUCCAGGAAUGCCAAUUGGCGUUGGAGAAAGCGAGGGACGAUGCUGCGGAGGAAAUCUCAAGACUUCGAGUGGAAAUCGAAACAGAACAUUCCGAUAAAGAAUCUGCGGAGCGACGCGUCGCUGAGCUCGAGCACACGAUCAGCCAACUCGAAUCCGAAGGAUCUGCACGACCUAUGAGCCCAGGCUUGAACGGGGGUCCCAGUACUCCCGUCCGUGCCGGAACCCCUGCUGGAACCUUCUCUCCCAGGGCAUCUCGUGGUAAGGGUGGUCUUACUAUUACGCAGAUGUAUACGGAGUAUGAUAAGAUGCGGACCAUGUUAGCCGCAGAGCAGAAGACCAGCCAAGAACUCCGCACCUGCUUGGACGAGAUGGUCCAAGAUUUGGAGGCCAGCAAGCCUGAGAUAGAUGAGCUACGGGCGGAUCACGCACGGCUUGAGAACGCAGUGGUAGAGAUGUCCAACAUCCUGGAGACCGCCGGAAAAGAAAGGGACGAGGCAACAAAGGAAGCCAGGAAGUGGCAGGGCCAGGUGGAGGGAUUGGUUCGUGAAGGAGAUAUCCUUCGGCAGCAACUACGUGAUUUGAGCGCCCAGAUCAAGGUAUUGGUAUUGGAAGUUGCAGUCUUGAAGGAAGGCGAAGAGAACUACGACCGGGAAGAGUUGGAAAAGAUUGCUCGGAAGGAGAUUGAUGAGUCGGCUGCGGAUCUCACUCCGACCGGACGAUUCAUCAGCCAGAAUCUCAUGGCUUUCAAGGAUCUCCAUGAGCUUCAGGAACAAAACAUCACUCUCCGUCGCAUGCUGAGAGAACUUGGCGACAAGAUGGAGGGUGCCGAGGCCCGUGAGAAGGAUGCCGUACGGCAGCAGGAGCAGGAGGAACUCAAGGAAUUGCGGAUUCGCGUGCAGACGUAUCGUGACGAAAUCGCCAACUUGGUUGCCCAGACGAAGAGCUAUGUUAAGGAGCGCGACACUUUCCGGAGCAUGUUAACUCGCCGACGCCAAACAAUUGGGGAUUCUUCUGCAUUCUCCCAGUCGCUCCCGUUGGGUGCAGCUCCACCUGCCGCUACCGAUGAGCGCGGAGACACUCCUGACUACGCUGAGUUGCUGCGCAAAGUGCAAGCCCACUUUGACAGUUUCCGCGAGGAAUCCGCAACAGACCACUCAGCGCUUAAGCAACAAGUCAAUGAACUCUCGCGUAAGAACAGCGAGUUGAUGAGUGAAAUUAGCCGCUCUAGCAGCCAGCUUGCAGCUGCCACGCAGCGAGCCGAACUGCUCCAGGGCAACUACAACCUCCUGAAGAACGACCAUGGUGACCUUCAGAAGCGAUUCAACUCUAUCAUGGAAAAUGCUACGAGACAGGAUCUGAAGACACAGCAAGUAGCUCAGGAUCUGGUGGAAUCCAAGAUUCUCAUUGAAAGCCUCCAGCGUGAAAAUGCAAACUUGAAGGCGGAGAAGGAUCUCUGGAAGAGUAUUGAGAAGCGAUUGAACGACGAUGUCACUGCCUUGAGAAAUGAGAGAAGCCGCCUUGACUCCCUUAACGCCAACCUGCAGACGAUCUUGAACGAGCGCGAACACACAGACUCCGAGACGAAGCGCCGACUACAGACUAGUGUCGAAUCUCUCGAGUCGGAGCUGCAGUCUACGAGACGCAAGCUGAACGAUGAGGUCGAAGAGUCUAAGAAAGCUUCUCUCCGCAGAGAAUAUGAACACGAGCAGAGUCAGAAGCGGAUUGAUGAUUUGGUAACCAGCUUGGGCGCAGUGAGAGAAGAGCUGGUGGCUGCGAAGACCACACGCGACCAUCUGCAGACCAGAGUGGACGAACUCACUGUUGAACUCCGGAGUGCGGAGGAGCGCCUUCAGGUUGUCCAGUCCAGACCCAGUGUCUCUGCUGCUCCGGCUGAGAUUCCUGCAACUACUGAAGAGGGAUCUCAAGAGACCGGCUUGACCCGUGAACAAGAACUAGGAAUCCAGGUCGCCGAGUUGAAACGUGACCUGGACCUAGCCAAGGGCGAGCUUGAGCAUGCCAAGGAGCAGGUUGAGGACUACAAGUCUAUCAGCCAGGACGCAGAGGAACGCCUGCAAUCGGCUACUGAGACACACGAUCUGUACCGGGAAGACACAGAGCGCUUGAUCGAAGAAAAGGAUAAGAGGAUCCAGGACCUCGAGAAGCGUAUCGAAGAGAUUUCUUCUGAGCUCUCAUCAACGAACAAUGAGCUCAGCAGAAUGCGUGACGAACAAAGCGAGGCAUCUCGCCGCCUUGAAGAGCAGAAGUCCGAGUUGGAGGCAGAAAUCAAACGACUGAAGGAUGACAAUGAGCGACAUGUUGCUGCGGCACAAUUCCACCAAGAUGAUCUGAAGGCGCAGGCAGAGAUCGCGCAGAACGCACAGCAGAAUUACGAGAGCGAACUGUUGAAGCACGCGGAAGCUGCACAGAAUCUGCAAAAUGUUCGCAACGAGGCCAACCAGUUGAAACUCGAAAUUGUUGAGCUGCGUGCCCAAACCGAGACAUCCAAGAGCGAUCUCUCCAAAAAGGAGGAGAGUUGGAAGGAACUCAAGGAACGAUACGAGACUGAGAUCUCCGACCUGCAGAAGCGCCGCGAGGAAGUGCUUCACCAGAACUCCUUGCUCCACACCCAGCUUGAGAACAUCACCAACCAAAUUUCUGCGCUGCAGCGCGAUCGCGCCAGCAUUCCCGAGAACGAAGACGAGGAAUCAACAGCCCCUAACCUCGAAAACCUCCAGGAGGUUAUCAAAUUCCUGCGCCGUGAGAAGGAGAUUGUGGAUGUUCAAUACCAUCUUUCUACACAAGAGAGCAAGCGUCUUCGCCAGCAACUCGAGUACACUCAGAGUCAGCUUGAUGAAACUCGUCUCAAGCUCGAAGAGCAACGUCGUGCUGCUGCCGACAGCGAGCACACUGCGCUGAGCCACAACAAGUUGAUGGAGACGCUGAACGAACUGAAUGUGUUCCGAGAGAGCAGCGUCACUUUGCGCAACCAAGUCAAACAAGCUGAAACCGCUCUUACAGAGAAGUCUGCUCGUGUGGAAGAGCUUGAAAAGCAAAUCGAGCCUUUGGAAACUCGCAUCAGAGAACUUGAGAACGUGGUGGAAACGAAGGACGGCGAGAUCCAGAUCUUGCAAAAGGACCGUGACUUCUGGCAGAAGCGCACUCAGGAUAUUCUUCAGAAGUAUGACCGUGUCGAUCCGGCAGAGAUGGAAGGACUAAAGGAGAAGCUUGAAACGUUGGAGAAGGAGCGGGAUGAAGCUGUGUCGGCCCGCGACACGUUGCAAACGGAAGCUGCGGCGUUCCAAGAGAGACUGGCGGAACUGCGCGCCAGACUUACGGAACAAUUCAAGGCCCGCUCAAAGGAGCUCACUGGCCGCAUCAAGGACAAGCAGGCCGAGUUGACUGCUAUGGCCCAGGAGAAGGAUGUAAUACAGGAGGAACUGAAGACAACCAAGGCAGAAUUGGACCAGCUUAAGGCUAAGGUGGCAGAAAACCCGGUAUCUUCUACUACUGAAGAAGCAGCUGUCUCGUCUGCGGUCAACUCGACUCCUGCAUCGCAGUUCCCUGCACCCAACACCCAGGUGACUGCCCCAGCAGACGACGAAAAGAUCCAGGCUCUCGAGGGCAAGGUGCAGCGUCUUGAAGCAGCCUUGGCCGAGAAGGAUGCCGCCCUUGAAGCCAAGGAUGCCGAGCUCGCGACCAAGAUAAGUGAGCGCGUGGAGGAGCUGAAGCAAUCUUUCAAUGCCGAGAUGAGCCAGGCGAAGACCUCCCAUCAACAAGAAAUCGAACGCUUGAAGGCUGGCCAACAGGGCGUCCCUCAGACGCCUGGAACGCCUGGCCCUAGGCCUGAUCAACCUCCUGCCACUCCCGUGCAGGGAGGAAUGGUGGAGCUGCCCGAGCUUUCUGAAACUCAAGUCAGAGAGCUUGUCAAGACGAACGACGUCAUUCGGAAUAUUCUUCGCAACAACAUCCGGAGUAAGGUCACCGCGGAGAAGGGGGAGCUUACGAAAGAAUAUGAGCAAAAACUCGCUCAGGAACGGGAGGCGCUCAAGAAGUGCGAGGAAGGUGUUGAAGAAAAGGUCAAGUCUGCAAUUACAUUAUCAGAGAAAAAGACGGCAGUCAAGAUCAGCAUGCUCGAAUCUCGGGGUCGGACUUCGCAAGCUAAGCUCGAAGUCGUGCAGAAAGCCGCUACUGAAACUCCUCAGAAGCCUGUUGUUGAAGUGUGGGAGGUAGUAAAAACCACGAAGGCUCCUCCCCAGGCGCCCAAGCCUACUCAGGUGGGGUCUCCUGCACUGGAUGCAGCUCAAUCAGCACCUGCAGCUCCUUCUCCGUCACCAGCUCCAGCGCCUCCUAAUGGAGCUGCCGCUCAACCACAACAACAAGCUCAACAGGAGCAGCAACAACAACAACCAGUGGCUCCAACAACAGCGGAGACGCCAUCGACCGUUGCUGCGCCGGCGCAACCUCAAGCUCAGUCUCAACCCCAGGGAGAACAGCAGCCACAGCAGCAAGCUCCCGCCGAGGCUCCGACAACGGCUCCGGCGGAGAAUGCCAGUUCAUCGACGGGGGAUCAGAACAAACAAGCCCCAGCGUCCCUUCCCAACAAGCCCCCUGCAGGCUCCAACACGGGCGUCCUUAAAGCCUUGCAGUCCGGUCUUCCUGUUGCCAAAGGCGGUCGUCAGGCAGCUCGUGGCCAACAGGGCCAGCAACAGCAGCAAGGACAAGGCCAAGCACAACAGCAAGGCCAAAGCCAACGGGGAUCGGGUCUCCCGAAGAGCCGUGGCGGCCGCGGGGGCCAUGGGGGCCCUGGUCGAGGCGGUAACAUGAAUGUUCAAACGAACGUACCCCAAGGGCAGGGACAACAGAACAGCCCUGGUGGUGGCCGCAAUCUGAACGCACAAGCUCGCCAAUUCGUUCCUCAUGGCAACAAACGUGCCCGUGAAGAUGGGGGCGACGGCAAUGAGGGCAACGCUGGUGGAAAGAGGAUUAGAGGUGGAGGCCACACUCGGGGCUCGUGA